CACCAUUUCCACCUCAUACCAUCUUUAAAAAAUAAUUUAUCAGCAAUCUGAAGCAAUGCAUCUCAACAACCCCCAAAACACAAUUGACCAACAAACAGACCUCCAGCAUGAACUGUGGCAAACUGCCAUGAGCCCUUGGGAGCCCGGCGUCCUCCCAAGCGCCGAGAAUCUCGCUCGUGCUAGAGCAUCUCUCCCAAAUGCCCUCCCAGCUGAAGGAAAUGGAUUCGAAUCCACCAAAGCACACAUCCUGAAUGACAUUGUGCCUGCAUUCAAUGGCGGCAGUAUCAGCCCCAAUUAUUACGGUUUCAUCACUGGCGGGGUAACCCCCGCCGCGCUCUUUGCGGAUAAUGUCGUCUCCGCAUAUGACCAGAACGUCCAGGUCCAUCUCCAGGGUCACUCGAUCGUCACGGAUGUCGAGUCUAGUGCGUUGGGUCUUCUUGUUGAUUUGCUGCGACUGGACAGAAACAGCUGGCAUAACGGGCUGUUCACGACUGGCGGCACGGCGAGUAAUAUUCUCGGUUUGGCCUGUGGGAGGGAACACGUUUUGCGAACUGCUGCCAGCAAGAAAGGAGUUUCGAUCAAGAGUGUUGGUGAAUAUGGAUUGUUUGAAGUGAUCCAAGCGGCAGGUCUUUCUGGAAUUCAGGUGCUGUCAACACUUCCUCAUUCAUCUUUGGGCAAAGCAGCUGGUAUUCUGGGAAUCGGCCGGGCGAAUGUGAAGAACGUCUGCCUGGAGAACAAUCCUCUUCGAUUUGACCUAAAGGAAUUGGAAAAAGAACUGGCACGAUCGGACAAAGCGAGCAUCGUGGCCGUGUCCUGCGGAGAAGUCAACACUGGCCAGUUUGCGACUACCGGUGACGAGGAGCUUCGAACAUUGCGCAAGCUAUGCGAUGAAUAUGGCGCCUGGCUGCACGUGGACGGUGCAUUUGGGAUAUUUUGUCGUGCUCUUGAUGAUAGUGAGGAGUUUGCUUCGAUCAAGAAGGGAUGCGAGGGGAUCGAGCUUGCUGAUUCCAUCGCGGGCGACGGACACAAAUUGCUCAAUGUGCCGUAUGACUGCGGUUUCUUCCUCUGCCGUCACUCUGAAGAGGCGAACGAUGUAUUCCAAAAUGCAAACGCCGCCUAUCUGACUGCAGGCAAUACUGGAGGGUCUUCAAUUCCCUCCCCGUUGAACAUUGGCGUUGAGAAUUCCAGACGAUUCAGAGCCCUACCAGCCUACGCAUCACUAAUGGCAUACGGCCAGACGGGAUAUCAAGAAAUGCUCCAAAGACAGAUCCGACUAGCCAGGAUGGUUUCCGGAUGGCUAUUCAACCACCCGGAAUACAACCUACUCCCGGAAUCAAGCAGCAAGGACGAAGCCCUGAGCAACACAUUCAUGGUUGUUCUGUUCAGCGCCAAAAGCGAGCAGUUGAAUCAGCAGCUUGCGGCAAAGAUCAACGAGACUUCGAAGAUGUUUGUGUCUGGGACGAGCUGGCAGGGGAGAACGGCUUGUCGGAUUGCCAUUUCCAACUGGAGGGUUGAGGAGGAGAGGGAUUUUGCACUUAUUUCGGGUGUUUUGGAUGGUGUUGCUCAGGCGUAAUCAUGGACCAUAUGAAGAUCAUGUUUAUGUUGAAAUCACCCAGGUGUGAUUAUGAAGUCUUAUAGGUAGUGUUUAAACCAGAAUAUAGUAAUAUAAUCAACCAGGGGCACAUAAUCUUAGCAUCAUCACAUACUAAAGCUUGCGCCCUCACAUAGGAGCCAUCUCAACAACACCAAAGCCAGUCAAUAUCACACCAGUCAUAGUCCG